AUGGAUCGGAGUUGGAUAUAUCGGAGUUCUGAAGAAGUGAAAGUCCAUUUAAUACGUCGUGGCUUUAAAGAAGGGUACGAUCGAUGGAUAUGGCAUGGUGAAAGCUUACCUCCUAGUAUAAGUGUUAGUAAGAAUGAAGCUCAUGCAGGCAGUCAAACUCAUGCAAAGAGUGAAACUGAAGCAAAUAGUCGAACUGAGGCAGAUAACGAGGAGAAUGAUGAGGAUGAUGGAAUUAAAGACCGAAUAGAUGAAAUGAUGCGUGAUAUGCAGGGAGAUUGUAGUGAAAUGCCUCCUGAAUUUAAAUGUUUGUUUGAGAAUGCUGAAAAACCUUUGUUUUCUGGGUGUGCCAAAUAUACUAAGUUAUCUGGUGUGCUUAAAUUAUAUAAUUUAAAAGCAAAGAAUGGAUGGAGUGAUAAGAGUUUUACGGGAUUAUUAGAACUAAUAAAAGACAUGCUUCCUAAUGAUAAUAAACUUCCAAAUUCAACUUAUGAAGCAAAGAAGUUGUUGUGUCCGUUGGGUAUGGAAAUUGAGAGGAUACAUGCAUGUCCAAAUGAUUGUAUAUUGUAUUGGAAAGAAUACAAAGACUUGCAUGUAUGUCCAAAGUGUGGGUCAUCGCGUUACAAAAGGAAAAAUGUUGGUGAUGAACCAAAGAAUAAGAAAGGUCCACCAGCCAAAGUGUUAUGGUAUUUACCUGUAAUACCAAGAUUUAAACGCAUGUUUGCUAAUCCAAGGGAUGCAAAAAAUUUGCAAUGGCAUGCUAUUGGGAGAAAAGAUGAUGGAAAACUAAGACACCCCGCCGAUUCACCACAAUGGAGGAAUAUUGAUAGGAGGUGGCCUGAAUUCGGCACUGAAAACAGGAGUCUUAGACUUGGACUGUGUACUGAUGGAAUGAAUCCUCAUGGUAACAUGAGUAGUCGACACAGUACUUGGCCUGUCCUUUUAGUAGUCUACAAUCUUCCACCUUGGUUGUGUAUGAAGCGAAAAUACAUCAUGUUAUCGUUGUUAAUAUCAGGGCCUAAACAACCAGGAAAUGACAUAGAUGUAUAUCUAGCGCCACUUAUUGAAGAUUUAAAAAUGUUGUGGAAUGAAGGUGUGUCGGUGUAUGAUGCUUAUACUCGAGAAAGUUUUACCUUACGUGCAAUGAUCUUUUGCACCAUAAAUGAUUUUCCAGCCUAUGGUAACCUAUCAGGUUAUACUAAUAAAGGAGCUAAGGCAUGUCCUAUUUGUGAAGAUGAAACAGCCAAUCUAUGGUUGAAUAACAGUAAAAAGAAUGUGUUCAUGAGUCAUAGGACAUUUCUUCUAAUUGAUCAUCCUUAUCGAAAGAAGAAAAAAGCUUUCAAUGGAAAAUCAGAGACUGGAGUAGCUCGUUUGCCUUUAUCUGGUUUAGCGGUUUAUGACCGUGUUAAAAACGUUAAUGUUGCUUUCGGCAAAACGUGUAAGACUACUCAGAAGACUCUAUGGAAGAAGAGGUCUAUAUUUUGGGAUCUACCAUACUGGAAGCAUUUAGCUGUUAGACAUUGUCUUGAUGUCAUGCAUAUUGAGAAGAAUGUUUGUGACAGCAUUAUUGGAACACUGUUGAACAUUCAGGGAAAGACAAAAGAUGGUAUUAAAGCUAGAAAGGAUAUGGUUGAAAUGGGAAUACGGGAGAAGUUAGCACCAGAAGAAUCGGGAAAACGGACAUACUUACCUCCAGCUUGUCAUACUUUGUCCAAAAAAGAGAAAACAAGUUUUUGUGCUUGUUUAAAUGGUGUCAAGGUCCCUUCCGGUUAUUCAUCGAAUAUUAACAAACUUGUGUCAAUGAAGGACCUUAAAUUGGUUGGCAUGAAGUCUCAUGAUUGUCAUGUAUUAAUGCAGCAACUGUUACCUAUUGCUAUUCGAGAUGUUUUACCCAAACAUGUUAGGGUAGCUAUAACAAAACUUUGUUUCUUUUUCAAUGCUAUUUGCAGUAAAGUUGUUGAUGUAGAUGUGUUAGAUGCUUUGCCGGCUGAAGUGGUUGUUACUUUGUGUCAACUUGAAAUGUAUUUUCCCCCAUCUUUUUUUGAUAUAAUGGUGCACUUGAUUGUUCACUUGGUAAGGGAAAUAAAGAUGACUGCUCCGGUUUUUAUGAGAUAUAUGUAUCCGUUUGAAAGAUACAUGGGAAUAUUGAAAGGAUAUGUGAGGAAUAGAUAUCGACCUGAAGGAAGUAUAAUUGAAGGUUAUGGUUCUGAAGAGGCUGUUGAGUUUUGUACUGAUUAUUUAGCUAAUGUUGAAUCUAUUGGUAAUCCCAAGCCUAUUCAUGAAGGAAGACUCAGUGGGAAAGGUACUAUUGGAUUUAGACACUUUGUUCCACCUAGUAAUUUACGAGAUAAGGCACAUCAUCUCGUAUUGGAACACCUUACUGAGGUUCAUCCGUACUUGGAGCAACACAUGUCUAUGAUAAGACAACAAAAUCCUUUGAAGGGUGAAAGAUGGGUGGAUAUUGAACACAAUCGCACUUUCAUAAGAUGGUUCAAUGAUAUUGUGAUGAAAGAGCUAUCUCAAGUGCCAAAUAAUGUCAGUGAAACCAUCAAAUGGUUAUCAAAUGGGCCUAAAUUAUUUGUGAAUUGUUACGAAGGUUAUGACAUAAAUGGAUAUACAUUUUACACCAAGCGACAAUAUGAAAAGAGUGUGGUGCAAAAUAGUGGGGUUACAUUAGUAGCAACAUCAAAAGAUUAUUCAAGUGCUAAAGAUACUAAACCGAUGGAUGCUGUUAUGCCUUACUAUGGUGUGAUUGAAGAGAUUUGGGAACUUGAUUACAAUAAGGGCGUUCAGAUAGAUGAAUUGGGUUUUACUUUGGUUGAUUUUGGUCGGUUAGGUUAUCAUGAUGAACCAUUCAUACUUGCAUCUCAAGCAAAACAAGUGUUUUAUGUUUCUGAUCCUGUGGAUAAAAAGUGGUCAAUUGUUUUACAAGGCAAGAGAAGUAUUGUUGGUGUUGGAGAUGUUGUUGAUGAAGAAGAGUAUGAUCAUUUUGAUGAAACUCCUCCAUUUUCAAUUGGUAUUCAGUCUUUAUCUGUAGAGGAUGAUAACCUUGAAAUUAGUUACAUGCGUAGUGAUCAUGAAGAAGGAUUGUGGGUUGACCAUCGGCCAUCAUAG